AUGAGCUCGUUAAAAACGCUUUUGAGACUAACCCGAAUUUCGGAAACUAAGUUCGUUAGUCCCGCAGCCGCGCCGCCUCCGGGAGGCAGCGGUGUUUUUGGUGGUACGCUUGUAGCGCAGUCGCUGUGGGCCGCUAUCCAGACCUCCGGGCAGGCGUUCGAGCCCAGCUCUCUGCACUGUUAUUUCAUCGUCAGAGGUGAUACAAGUGUGCGCAUCACAUACAAUGUGGAGGUUCUGCGCCAGGGCACCAACUUCGUGCACCGCCAGGUGCGGGCGUACCAGCUCGACAAGCUUAUAUUUGUGGCGAGCGUGUUGCUGCAUAAGACCUCAGCGUUCGAGGGCCCCGAGGAUGACAGAUCGCGUGCACGCGACGUGAGGCACGUGACAAAGGCUGACGGCUUGUACCCGCUCGAGGACACUGUCCCUGCGGAUGACCUGUUCCGCAGCCAGGUGCUCGAGAAUAUAGAUAGGUACUCGCGGCUCGACCGCGCGUGGUCCGACCCGCAGUUUACACACCCAUUUUUGGAGAGGUUUACGUCGGGGCCUGUCGAGUACCGAUUCCCACGUGACGUCUUCAACUCUGGCGCGUACCAUGAGGGGCCAGCUGAGGACCACCUGGAUCACCUCGACUACUACCAGCGUGUGAGAGAACCCCUAGAAGGCAGCGAGGCCCCUGAGGACUCGCUGUCUUCAUCAGAGCUCAGCGAUCCAAGAUUCAAUUAUGUUGCGUUCGCAUACUUGUCGGAUGCGUAUUUGCUACUAAUGCUGCCCUACUUUCACCAGCUUCCGCUCUAUUGCUCCCGUUUCAGCGUGUCGCUAGAUCACACUAUCCAUUUCCACCAGCGCCCUCCAGUUUACGACUGGAUGGCGCUCCGAGUGACUAACCCUCGCUCCAGACGCGGCAAACAUUUAGUGAAUGGUGACUACUUUAACGCUGCCAGCAAGUCCCUGAUAGCAUCUGUCCGCCAGGAAGGGCUUGUUGUCUACGACAGUCCCUCCGGCAUCCGGGCGCGCUUUUAG